GUCUGCAGUCGGCGGCCAGACUAAGUCUCUAAUCCAGUCAUGAACGCUUACAUUCUUAUCGCCCUUUGUGGUGCCUUCGUGGCUACAGCCUCCGCCAGUGAUCUCCAGGAGCAGAUAGACAAGUUUUCUGAGGAGCUCUACAGAGUGAAGGCAGAAAUAGCCAAACUGAAGGACAAAAUCGAGGCGGCCAGGAUAUCUGAGGAUGAACAUAAGGAACACGAGAGGCAGAAGCGACAUGGCUACUAUCAAUUUGCCCCCGCGGCCUUAGCAAUGGCAAUGGGACCCCCCGGACCUUCAGGACCCCAGGGACACCCAGGUCUUCCGGGAGAGCAGGGUAAGGAGGGACCAAGAGGUGCCCCAGGAGUGAAAGGAGAUAUCGGUGAGCAGGGAGCUCAGGGCAUCACAGGAAACCCCGGCCCACCAGGAGAGCAGGGACCCCAGGGUGAACAAGGAGUCCCUGGCCCCGUGGGUGCUGAGGGGGCACCUGGUAUGAUGGGACCCCAGGGAGAAAAGGGACUGACCGGUGACCAGGGACCCCCGGGCGCUCCAGGUUAUCCUGGCUUCCAGGGAGAACAAGGAGACCAGGGAUUAGCCGGACCCCCAGGGCCAGGCGGACCACAAGGAGUGCAGGGGGUACAGGGAUACACAGGCGCCCCAGGGCAGGCCGGAGCAGUCGGUGAACCAGGACCAGCCGGCGAGCCCGGCCCCUCAGGUCUUAGAGGCCCAACUGGCCCUCGCGGAGAAUAUGGCGUUACUGGAAGACAAGGUUACACUGGAUACCCUGGAAAACGGGGAGACAGGGGAUACACCGGCUACCCCGGACCACGUGGUCCAGCAACCACGUACGUCUAUGCCCCAGCGGCGGGCACGUAUUACGCCGUGCGAGCACCAACACAAUCAAACUCUAAAGGACAGUACGCCGUGCGACCACCACCACAAUCAAGCUCUAAAGGAGUACAGUACGCCCCGGUUGUAGCGGCACCAAAAAUGGGAUACGCUCAGGGGGCACGUAUGUCUAAAAUGCAAUACGCUCCAGUGGUAAGCAAAAGUGCCCAAUACGCACCUGUAAUGAGCAAAUCCAUGGCUGCAGCAAUGUAUGCUCCCAAAUCUAUGGGAUACGCCCAAGCCCCUCAGGCAUACACCAAAGGUUAAAAAAAAUAAAGAACUAAUAUCGUUAAAUUCCUUAUUUUGUUUUCUUUUUAUUUGGCCAUCUUGUUGAUUUUGAUGUAAUGUUAAUAAAAGUAAUUAUUGUUGAAAAAUUAUGUCCAUAAUUCAAAAAAAAAAUUGAAAUUCAAUUAAGGUAUAGAAAAUAAAUUUGAUUAAAAUUUG